CACGCAGACACACACAAACUAAAUUCUUGACUCUAUUCGUAAAACUGUUGUGUGGAAAAAUCUGCAAUCAGAUCUGACAGAAAAACACUGCUCAGAAAUGGACAAAGUAUUAUGUUAUAAACAGCUAUUACAUGCAGAAGUGUCUAUUGGUUGACGAAUGGCAGAAAGGGACGUCACUGCUCUGCUUACUAUAUAUAAUACACUAUGAAAGCCAAAUCUGCCUCUGAAAUGACACUGGUGCCUACAGUCGGAGAAGGGGAUACUAUGACCUCCAUUCUGUCCGUAGGAUGCUAUUCUACAGGUGUAUGCUGAUGAUGCUGAUCAAUUCCUAACCAGUUACUGGAGAGACGUUGUGACUUCCUGCAAUGAGCAGCUACUGUGGGGAAUCUGCAUUACCGCUGUAGAUCACCCUGCUGUACUGUAGAUCCGCUUGUAUUUAGGAGCAACGAACUUGUGCCUAGAGAGCAUAUUGUGGAUGUACAGUAAUAUCCGGGCUGGAAGGUGACCAGCACAACACAACACAAUGCAUACACGGCGGCCAAAGGACACUUGACAACGAUUUUUCUGAACAACCUGUGGAACAUCUCAACUUUAGACAAGUUCAGUGGUUUAUCCCCAGUCAAUUAGCAUGACUAGACACAUGUGGUUUGCCUUGCCAUAUGCCUCCAAACCCUUUAGGAGAACUGAUGUGGGUAACUCAUCCGACAUAUUCUCUGCCUUCUAUGGCUUACCUAACAUCUCAUCACUUUUCAAUGGGGACCUAAACAUCGACGACAUUGGAGACUUUGAGAAUAACACAAAGUAUGAGGCAGAGUCGCAGAGCUCCACAGUGAAAGCUCUGCUGAUAGUAGCCUAUUCUGUCAUCAUUGUGAUCUCUCUGUUUGGGAACAUCCUGGUUUGUCACGUCGUCAUAAAGAACAAGAGAAUUCAGUCAGCCACCAGUUUAUUCAUUGUCAACCUGGCAGUGGCAGAUAUAAUGAUCACCCUCCUCAACACCCCCUUCACACUGGUUCGUUUUGUGAGCAGUACUUGGGUUUUCGGUAAACUCAUGUGUCAUGUGAGCCGUUUUGUCCAGUAUUGCUCUGUCCAUGUGUCUGUGCUUACCCUCACAGCUAUCGCUCUGGACAGACAUCAGGUUAUAAUGCACCCACUGAAACCCAGGAUGUCAACAGUAAAAGGAAUAAUCUGUAUUAUUGUCAUUUGGUUCAUGGCAAGUGGAUUCUCAUUACCACAUGCUGUCUACCAGAAGCUAGAACAGUUUUAUAUUGGGAACACUGUGCGGAUGGUCUGUCUUCCAAGUUUCCCGUAUCCUGCAGACCUUUUCUGGAAGUAUAUGGAUUUGGCCACAUUUGUACUUCUUUAUGUACUUCCUCUGAUUGUCAUUUCAAUUACAUAUACCAUGGUCGCAAAGAAACUCUGGCUUCGGAAUGCCAUAGGUGACAUUACCAUGGAGCAAUAUUAUGCUCACAGACGAAAGAAAAAGAUGACCCUCAAGAUGCUGAUGCUGGUAGUUGUGGUCUUUGCUGUCUGUUGGUUCCCACUGAACUGUUAUCUUGUCCUGAUGUCCAGCAAAGUCAUCAGCAGCAAUAAUGCCUUAUACUUUGCUUUUCACUGGUUUGCCAUGAGCAGCACCUGCUACAAUCCAUUUAUAUACUGCUGGCUGAAUGAGAGCUUCCGCUCAGAGCUUAAAGCACUGCUAUGUGUGUGCAGGAGGAGGAGCCCAGCUCAGAACCAUGCUCUUCAGUCCAUCUCACCACCCUCCAGGCAUGCCUGGACUGAAAACUGUCCUUUUAAACAAGGUAACAGCUCCCAGACUGCUGCCUCUGCCACAAACAUUAACUCUGGGAGGACUGAUAUCUCAAGUGUGGAGCCCAUUGUGACAGUCAGCUGAAAACAUUUUUGAUGUGAUGAGAUAGCAAAGCAAUUUUGUCAUUUUCUGUCAUCAAAGGGACCAGAAGAAGUAGGAUUACAUUGAUUCCCUUUUCUUCUGGUUUCAAAAAGUAGUUUUUCAAGUGUUUAUUAUAAGAGACUCUUCUGAAGCACCUACAAUAUAAAUAUGUUAUUGCUGUCUAAACUAUUUUUAAAGGACUAUUUAAAUUGGUGUUUCCAUACAAGUAAUGUUCUAAACAAUGAGUAAAAUUUACUAUGUAUGUGACAAGUAAGAGAAUAUCAAAUAGAGAUGAGCGCCGGAAAUUUUUCGGGUUUUGUGUUUUGGUUUUGGGUUCGGUUCCGCGGCCGUGUUUUGGGUGCGAACGCGUUUUGGCAAAACCUCACCGAAUUUUUUUUGUCGGAUUCGGGUGUGUUUUGGAUUCGGGUGUUUUUUUAAAAAAACACUAAAAAACAGCUUAAAUCAUAGAAUUUGGGGGUCAUUUUGAUCCCAAAGUAUUAUUAACCUCAAAAACCAUAAUUUACACUCAUUUUCAGUCUAUUCUGAAUACCUCACACCUCACAAUAUUAUUUUUAGUCCUAAAAUUUGCACCUAGGUCGCUGGAUGACUAAGCUGGGCGACCCUAGUGGCCGACACAAACACCGGGCCCAUCUAGGAGUGGCACUGCAGUGUCACGCAGGAUGGCCCUUCCAAAAAACCCUCCCCAAACAGCACAUGAUGCAAAGAAAAAAAGAGACGCAAUGAGGUAGCUGUGUGAGUAAGAUAAGCGACCCUAGUGGCCGACACAAACACCUGGCCCAUCUAGGAGUGGCACUGCAGUGUCACGCAGGAUGGCCCUUCCAAA